CGACUCAACGAGCAACGAACAGGUCACACCGACCCCAACCGUUCUGACAGCGAUCGAGAUACACCAACACUGAACUAUUCGGACAGCGAACGAGACACACCGACCCCGAACCGUCCAGACAGCGAACGAGCUACACCAAUCACGAGUCGCAGUCGGCCAAGACCAGGAAGAAAAACAUUAACCGAAGACGUCCUUAAGUACGUAAAUUAUCAUAAACGGCCCAAACUCCCCGACAAUCGUUUUGAGGUUUUUGGAAAAAAUGUUGGGAUGAAACUACAAGAGUUACCAAAAGAACAGAGAAUCUUAGCAGAAAAAAAUAUUAACGAAACUCUGUUCUUGGCUGAAAUGGGAAGUUUAACUAUGUCACACACUGUAAAAAAAAAUUAUGACUUUCCCAACACUGGUUUUUCCAGUCAGCCACACACACAACCCCUUUUCACUCAGCUACACACUCAAAACCUUUACACUCGGCCACAAACUCAAAUCCUUUUCACUCAGCCAAACACUCAAAACCUUUCCACUCAGCCACAAACUCAAAUCCUUUUCACUCAGCCAAACACUCAAAACCUUUCCACUCGGCCACACACUGAAAAGCAAUAUGCCUUACAAGCUAACCAACACCGCUUUCAAGAACAUGCUGUAGUCCACUAUGAAUCCUCAAGUUUAUCAUCAAUGGAAUCUACAUCACCAUUACAGCCUGAUCAGGAUAACACAAUUGCUACCUAUUUAAGUAAUUUUAAUGAUGAUUUGUAAAAUGUGACGACACCUAAAUAGCAUUAUUGGUUGUGAUACGUCGAGUAAGUUUAAUUAAUAAAUAAUUUCAUGAUUACAGUAUUUUUUUUAUGUCUCAUGCUUACCUUUAAGUACUCUUUCCGUAGAACCUCGUACAAAGCAUCACAGGUUUCAGGAAUGAUUAAAGGAGUUGAAAUUUGCUCCGAAAGAUUGGCAUAAUUACUUGAGGAUGAAUGAAGAAACAUUUAAUCUGCUGGCUUUAGUUACCCCGUUAUAAAGAAACACGACAUUGUAAUGCGAGAAGCAAUAAGUCCUCAUGAAAGAUUAUCUGCUACACUGCGAUUUUUAGCAACAGGACGUUCCUACGAAUGUAUGAAGUUUACUACAAUAAUAUCACUGCAAGCUCUUAGGGCUCCUUAGGACACAGGAAAUGACUGCGUUUGAGAAACAAUUACUUGAGAUGUGGAAUUCUACUAACCAUCUUGCUUUUGAUGAAGACAUGGCAUUUUUCAAUUCAUUCCUCCCUGCAGUUAGAAGCCUAGACUUUGAAAAAAAAAAAAAUUUUUUUCGGAGUCAGGUUCUACAAUUACUUGAUAAAUGAUAAAUGAUAAAUGAUGAUAAAUGAUAUUUAUUUUGCAAAUAGGUUAUAAAAUAACACUUUUACACGUCAAUCUCUUAAAUAACUAGAUGAGGCCGGCAUUUCCUAUCUGACUACUCUGAGAAGAAAUGCCGAAACAAACUCAGAGGUCAUAGUCUCUUUUAAAGUCCAGACAAAAUCAAUUAAAGAUGUCGGAGAAAGAUGUCGGAGAACCGUGCAAGUUGAUUCUGUAGUGGUCUUUUGAGGAAAGAACCACAGCAGUUUGAGCGGACCUGUUCAGAUGGCAGCACGCAUGUGUCAGUUUACAAUCAGCUCAGCUGACGGCUGUUGCUGAAUGAUCCGACGAACAACACCAACCAAAAGAACAUUUGGGUAGGCCACACAAAUGCUCAAACUGUCAGAAUAUAAUUUACUAAAAAUAAAAUGA